AAUACUAAUGAGACCAGCAGCACUUCUCCUCACUGCUAUUCAACACUGAACCCUCUUCACUAAAUUUUGCAGCAUCACUUUCUCUCUCUCUCUCUCUCUCUCUCUCUCAGCUCUUGGACACUUUCACUGCUCGUCACUCACCUGCUGUGUUGUGUGGCUCUCUGGACCAGAGGUUUGACCGUCCGUCAUCAUGUGGCUGAUCAUGUUUGUGGUGUGGUCCCUGGUCUGUGCGGGGGGAACGUACUGGUACCUGCUAUCAAAGCCAGGCCAGCUCUCUCUGGACUCUCUACUGCCCAAAGACUCGUUAAGCCUGGACAAGGAGAAGAGGAACAAGCUACUGCUGCAAGCUCUCGGAGGCUUGUGCUGUGUGUCCGUGGUCUGCUACGUGGGUCUCUGGUUCAGGAGCUUGAGCCUCAUCAUGAAGCUGCUGCUGGUUCUGGGCUCCGGGUCCACGGCCUGUGCUGGCGGAGCCUACUGGUACCUGUAUCUGAAGCCCAGCCCGUUCUCUCUGGCGUCCGUGAGGCCAGCAGGACCCCUAGAGGUGGACCAGAAGAAGAGGAACAAGGUGCUGAAGAAAGGUUUCAAUAGGGACAGAAUCCCCGAGAACCUGGAUGCCAUCAUCAUCGGCAGCGGUCUCGGAGGCCUGACUACAGGUGCCUGUAUGGCCAAACAGGGGAAAAGGGUCCUGGUUCUAGAACAACACGACACAGCCGGCGGAUGCUGCCACACCUUCACUGAGAAAGGCUUUGAAUUUGAUGUUGGUCUGCACUAUGUGGGUCAGCUGCAUGAGAACAGCCUGAUGCGACUCGCCAUGGACCAGAUCUCCGAGGGACAGCUGCAAUUUGUGACCCUGCCCCAGCACUUUGACCAGGUCCACAUUGGCCAGGGAGAGGAGCACCGUGAAUACAGCUACCUCACCGGCAAGACCGAGAUGGAGGCCAACAUGAAGAAGCAGUUCCCAAACGAUACCAAGGCUGUUGAGGAGUUCUUCAGAGUCAUGAAGGUCUCUGCCAGGAAGACCUUCUACCUGGGCCUCUUGAAGCUCAUGCCUCGCUGGAUGGCCCUCUUAUUUCUCAAGUCCGGCAUCGCUGACCGCUGCUCCUCCGUCUUCCGUCUGGCCACCACUGGCGUCACCGACUGGGCUGACCAGCUGACCAGCAACAAGGACCUCCAGCUCAUGUUCAACUACCUCUUCAUUGGUGAUCUCCCUAAGGACUGUAGCCUCUUCAUGAAUGCCCUCCUCAUCCACCACUACAAGCGUGGAGCCUACUAUCCUAGAGGGGGCGCCAGUGAGAUCCCCUUCCACAUCAGCAACACCAUCCGCAAGUAUGGCGGGGACGUGCUGGUGAGAGCCCCUGUCACUCGAAUCCUGCUGGACAAAGAUGGCGCUGCCUGCGGUGUGGCAGUGAGGAAAGGCCAAGAGGAAGUGGAGGUGAAAGCGCCCAUUGUGAUCUCCAACUGCGGCCUCUUCAACACCUUCAAGUACUUGCUGCCUCCGCAGAUACAGAUGAAACAUGAUAUCCAGACUCGUGCUCAGAUGAUGAAACCGGGCAAGGCUUGCGUACUCCUGUUCUGUGGCUUUGACGCCACCGCUGAGGAGCUCGGCGUCACGCCGACCACUUUAUGGCUCUUCAAGGACAACGACAUUGACGUCUCGUGUGAUAAAUUCUUCGCUCUGAGCAAAGACGAGGCCCCUGACAAUGUUCCCAUGGUGUUCAUCACCUUCCCGUCGGCCAAAGACACGUCCUCACAGAUCAGACACCCAGGUAAAACCUGCAUGACUGUUCUGACCAUGGUGAACUACGAGUGGUUUGAGGAGUGGAAGGACUCGACGGUUAGGAAGAGAGGAGAUGACUAUAUGGACUACAAGAACAGGUUCUCUCAGGCCCUCUUUGACUGGGCCUGUGAACAUUUCCCUAAGAUCAAAGACAAGGUGGUGUACCAGGAGAUAGCCACACCACUCUCCAAUGAACACUACCUGAGAGCGUUCAGGGGAGCCCCGUACUCUGGGGAACACACCCUAGAACGCUUUGACCCAGUGCUAAUGGCUAAGAACCGCUGUGACACACCAGUCAAAAACCUCUACAUCACAGGUCAGGAUGUGUUCAGCUGUGGUAUUGCAGGGGCGCUGCAUGGUGGUCUGAUCUGCGCCUCCGCAGUGUUGGGUCACCUCCUGUACGUCGACCUCUUCAUGAUGAAGAUCAAACUGAAGGGAGGCAGCAUUUUCCGCACUCUACAAAAACUGAUCUUUUAAUUAAGGUUUUCACGCUUCAUCAUUCCCCUUUUUUUUGUCUUGUUUUUUUUUUAUAUUUGACAGUUGCAGUAGCGCAGCUUUGUCAUGUUGCGUUUGUCCAAGUUUUCUUGUUUGCUUUAUCUUUGGUUGAUGUUUCCCAGGCUACAGAUCCACAUGAAACUUAUUGGCCUACUUAUUGCCCAGCAUGGCUGACCAAGACAUUGAGGGGUUUUGGUCUCUAUUGGCCUUCCCCAUUGUGCUGGCAACUUUUGAGGUCAAGCAAGCAAAAAGUGUUUUUUGUGCAAUAAGUCAACAACUGUUGUGCAAAAAAAAAGAAACAAACAAACAAACAAAAAAAACAUAUUUGCCUCUAAGAGGCACAUCACCCCCUAGCUGACUAUGACUCACUUACAGAGUAAUGCCACAUUAGUGAAUAUCGUUACAGUAAUACAAAAAUCUGGCCUUUCAAUGAUGGCACUGCAACUGACAUGUGUCAAUACCUCAAGAUGUGUAUGCCAACAUGUUAUGAGAUGAUACAAACUACACACGUUUAUAUGCUGUGUCACCAUCACAGGCUUUGGGGUCAUGCCAUAUGGGGUGCAGUUCUGUCCAUAGCGUUGUGUUGUCUUCACAC